AUGGUUCUCUACUAUGGUCUCUUAGCUCUUGAAACCGCUAACAAAACACAUACUAGAACAGUCUCAUCUGCACGAACAAGUAUAGCAAGAAGAAAAUCUCCAUCAAGAAACUCAUGUGAAAAAAUGCCAUCAUCAUCAAAUUCAUGGAUUUAUACAGAAGAUUUAAAAAGACGUUUUGAAGAGCGUUAUAUUGAUUAUCGUUAUAUAUUUGUACCUAUUUAUAUUGAUAGAAAAACUUCUCAACAUGAUCAUAAUCUACCAACAAUAAUACAACAAAAAUCUGAUAGUGAAAAUUCCUGGAUGUAUUCAAGAUCACUUCGUGAUCAUAUAUUUAAUUCAACAACAAAAAUACCUUCAUCAGAAUAUUAUGUACCAAAACAUGUUUCUUCAUCAAAUCAAUUACCAAAAAGAAAAAUAUCGAAAAUAAAAUUUUUUAAACGAUCUUCAUCAGCUAAAGUACAAUCAGCAAAUAGUUUAUCAUCUAUAGUUAAUCCACAUAUUUCAUCAUUAAAUAAUUUAAGAAAACAUCGUAUUGUUAAAGAAGAAACAACAAUCGAUAAUGAAAAUGAUAAUCAAUCAAUAUCAAUUAUUAAACACGAUUAUUCAUCAUCAUUAAGAACAUCAAAUGAUACUAAUCCUGAAUUGGUGAAUACGAAAUCAAAUGUAAAACAUUUUACAACAUGUAACAAUAAAUUAACACGUUUACGUUCUUUUUUUCAUAAAUAA